UGUGUGUGUGUGAAAACGACCGGUCUAUACCGGUUCCCAUCAUUCAGUCAGCGGCAGUGCUUGAGGAAGGUUCUGGAUUUUCAAGCUCUGAACAGCGACUAAAAAAAGUUUAAUUUCGCUUUUUUUCCUCAGAGGAUAUACCAUCAUUUCGAUAAGGUCUGACAAUGAGGACUGAAGAGUCUACUAGGCUUAACGGCUCUCAUCUUAGUGAGAGAACGCCGCCUGCUUUCGUCCAGGAAUCCUCACUGACGCCCCGAUCUUCACGCUCGAGCAGUCGAAGCAUCAGUGGUAGUAGUAUUAGCAGCAGCAGCAGCAGCAGUGGCCAUUCUUAUUCCAGCAGUGAUCAAAGCAGGUCACCCUCAGUGUCGCGCAGGUCACGGAGACACUCCCGUCACGGAUCACGCUUCUCUUCAGAUUCAAGCAGCAGUUUCCGCUCUCGUUCUCGCCCUCGCUGCUACCGAGUUUCGGAUCGUUCGCGUUGCUGUCGUCGCCACCGAUCUCGCCGUUACAGCCCGAACCGAGGGCGCUCGACACGCCGAGGAGAUCGCCGGUAUUCGCGGUCUAACAGCCGCUCUUCUUCCCGGGGGAGGUAUUACAGAAGGUCGAGGAGGUCCCGUUCUCGCUCAUCAAGCUACAGGAGAACAAGAGGCGCUCACAUUGGCAGGUACCGGUGCAGAUUCUCCCCUUCACCUGUGAGGAGAUACUCCAGGGACAGGUCAAAAUCCCCAGAGUGCUCCAUUCGUCUUAGUCAGAAAGACAAAAAGGAACUUCUGAAUAUUGCCAGAGAAAAUGCAGCGAAGAUUCUCGGGGUAGAUGUCGUGAAACUGCCUACCAGUGUGAGCUAUCAUGAGGAACAUGUGACAGAGGUGUUAGAGUUUGACUCUGAUAGGAGAGUGAGACCAGACCCUGUGCCACUAAAGAAACGAUCACAAAAUGAAGGCGUGGCAGAUGAAGACGGGAUUUCAAGAGUGUCUCCAGCAAAAAACCGAUAAGCUUCAGUCUAAGUAACACUGUUGCCAAACCAAUAAGCACCUCAACAGUUCAUGUUACAGAGAGUAAGGUAACGUCCAGAGCAGACAGCAUGGGGAACAGACUGCCAUAUGGACAUUGGAUCCCUGUCAAGAUGGUUUCCUCUAAAAAGCGCUGAUGUUCUUGUGUUGGAUUUAUUAAAAACUGUAUAUACUGUAAA